GUGACAAUUUUCUGCUAACAGAUGAUUGGGCUCGUAAAACCAAGCUCCGGUACUGCAUAUGCUCAGGGUAUGGAUAUACGAAAAGACAUGGAUAUGAUAUACACCAACAUGGGUGUAUGUCCGCAGCAUGACUUACUUUGGGAAAAGUUAACAGGAAGGGAGCACCUACUUUUCUAUGGAAGGCUUAAAAAUCUUAAAGGAGCAGUCCUGACACAAGCAGUUGAAGAAUCUCUUAAGAAUGUCAACUUAUUUCAUGGGGGUGUUGCUGACAAGCAAGCUGGGAAAUACAGUGGAGGUAUGAAGAGGAGGCUAAGUGUUGCAAUUUCACUGAUCGGAGAUCCUAAGGUUGUCUACAUGGAUGAGCCCAGUACUGGACUGGAUCCAGCUUCGCGACAUAACUUAUGGAAUGUUGUCAAGCGUGCAAAGCAAGAUAGAGCAAUUAUUCUCACAACCCAUUCCAUGGAAGAAGCAGAGCAUCUAUGUGAUCGACUAGGAAUAUUCGUUGAUGGCAGCUUGCAGUGCAUAGGAAAUCCCAAAGAGUUGAAGGCAAGAUAUGGGGGGUCUUAUGUGUUUACAAUGACAACAUCAUCAGAUAAUGAGGAAGAAGUGGAGCACAUGGUGCGACGUCUAUCCCCAAAUGCCAACAGGAUAUACCAUAUAUCUGGGACACAGAAGUUUGAGUUGCCAAAGCAAGAGGUUAGAAUUGCAGAUGUAUUUCAAGCAGUGGAGAAAGCAAAGAGUAAAUUCACGGUUUAUGCUUGGGGUUUGGCUGAUACAACUUUAGAGGACGUGUUUAUCAAGGUUGCUCGCACUGCUCAGGCUUUCAAUGUUCUCUCUUAACAUCCAUAUUAGCACCAAUGUCUAUAUUUAAUUCCGGCUCAAGUUUUUCAUUUUUUGAUGAUUUUUGGAAUCACUGUCAUACAUUUGUGGUACUACACAUAUAUAAUUUUGAUACAUUAGAAAAGAAUGUAAAUAUCAUUUGUAAUAAUACAGUUCGCUUCUCAACAUUUGUUUCA